AUGUCUUGGUCACUUAAUGAUUCACAUUCAAUAGAAGAUCGUUUUUUAACUAAUGAUACACAAAUUCAAUUAAAAAUUCUUUGUCGUGAACCAUCUGCAAAUGUAAAUCAAACUCAAGGUCAAAUUAAAAAAAAUUUAAAUAAAGAAUACGGAAAAACAAAAAUUCAAAUAUAUGGUCGAAUUGGUCGUGUUGUUGGAUGUUUACCAUUACAAGCUGCUACACCUUUGGCUACAAAUCAAUUACCAUUAGUAGAUAAUAAAGAUCUACAAAAACUUCUUUUACAAUAUUAUAAUGAGCUUUUAUGGAAGCGAAUGGAACAAAGAAUCUUUAAGACGCAACAAGUCAAUUGUGAUUAUUCUGGAGAAUUAUAUUUUGAUGAAUAUAGCAAUAUAAGAGGACCAGAAAUUUCAUCAGAACAAGCGUCAAAAUUAAUAGAACAAUUUGUAAAACAAGAACGUGAGCAAAUGACUGCAAAUCAACAAAAUAACAUUCAUCGUCGUCGUGCUGCUGAUCAAACAAUAAUAAAAUCAAAUGAUGAACAAUUUCCAUUAACAUAUAUUUUAAGGAAACAAACAGUAAAUAGAUUACGAACAUGGAAUGAUGGUUUUUAUAUUAUUGAACUUUUUCGACGAAAUUUUAUUGAUUUAAAUGCUCCUGAACUUGAUGUUGAUGUUAUUGUAACAAUGAAAAAUCGUCAUGGUGGUUAUAUAACAGCUGAUGAAUAUCCAACAUUAGUUUUCUAUGGUGUCAUGUGUGGUAUCUAUGCAUUGUUUGCUACAUUAUGGUUUAUUUGGUGCGCAUUCUAUUGGGGUGAAUUACUUAUAAUACAAUUUUGGGUUGGUGGUUUUAUUCUUAUUGGUAUGAUUGAACAAUCAGCAUUUUUUGUUGAAUAUGAUACUUUUAAUCGACAUGGAUAUAAAGUUCAUUUUGCUUUUGUUACGGCUGAAGUUCUUUCUUGUUUAAGACGUACUGUGUUACGUAUGCUUUUUAUUAUUGUUGCAUUUGGUUAUGAUAUAGUUAAACCACAUUUAGGACCAUUAAAACAAAAAGUACUUACUAUGGGUAUACUUUAUUUUGCAAUUGCUAUAACAGAAGCAAUGCUUCGUUUACAUACAAAAAAUUAUGAAACAAAUCAUAAAGUAAUAAUAUCGUUUAUAGCAUUGGUUGUUGCUGAUGUACCGAUUUACUAUUGGAUAUUUUCGGGUUUAGCUGCAACAAAACGAAUAUUACGUUUAAAAAACAAUAUUGUUCAAUUGAAUGUUUAUCGACAUUUUACACAUACCCUUAUAUUUGCUAUUAUUGCAAUUGUGUUAUUUAGGGUGUGGUCAUUAAAAUCACAUGUUUUCACUAAAUGUCUUACAAAUUGGAGAGACUUUUGGUUUGAUAAUGCAUUUUGGCACAUACUUGUUGCAUUAAUUCUUCUUGUCAUCAUGUUUUUAUUUCGACCAUCAAAUAAUAAUCAACUUUAUGCUUUUGUUCCUUUACUUGAUCAUUUGGAUAAUGACAAUAAUUAUGAAGAGAAAAUGGGUGGGUUAAAUAAUAUCAAUAAAUCGGGUGUAUUUGAAUCGGUAAGAAUCUAUAAAACAACAGAUAUUGAAAAUGGUUCAGCAUCGAAGAGUGAAAAGCAACAGCAAACAACUUUGAAUCAUGAAACAAAAAUAUCAGUUAGUGGAGCUGGAGCUUCAAAUGAUAAUGAUGUAGUUGAAAAUGCUUUAAGACGAGUAGAAGAUAAUGUUCAAACAUUAAUCUUUGAUCAAGCAAUAGACAGUCAAUAUAAAAUUGUUAAUAACGAAUUAGAACGAUCAACAAUGGAAUAA